GGAGGAGACUCACUCAUGGCCUAUGAGACAGAGGAUCAUGAGACUCAAUACUGCUUUCCUGCCAUCAACUCAUCAUGUAUCAAGGGAAAACGCUCCAUGUAUGAAUACAAUUUCAUGUAUGUGUUUUUUUCAUUGCUGUCAGCAUGGACUGUGUUUCUGAACCUGCUGGUGAUCAUCUCAAUCUCUCACUUCAAGAAGCUUCACACUCCAACCAACCUGAUUAUUCUCUCUCUGGCUGUGGCUGACCUGCUUGUUGGACUUAUUGUGAUGCCUGUGGAUGCCAUAAAGCUGAUUGAGACAUGCUGGUUCUUUGGAGACACUUUGUGUGACCUGUUUAUGAUAAUCAUGGGUCUGCUCCUGUCAACAUCCAUUUGUAAUUUAGUUUUAAUUGCUAUUGAUCGUUAUGUGGCUGUGUGUACCCCUUUACUGUACCCACAGAAAAUAACCACAACUAAAACCUUAAUAAGCAUCUGUCUCUGCUGGUUUUUCUCCUUUGCCUACAAUACUACUGUUUAUCUGAUUGGUGGCAGAUAUUUUGAAAGAACAGACACAUGCUAUGGAAAGUGCUAUUUAAUAAUAGGUUUUUCAUGGAUAGUCAUUGACCUGUUCUUUUCUUUCUUGUUUCCUUUGACUGUGAUCAUAACUUUAUAUUUGAGGAUAUUUUAUGUUGCACAUCAGCAAGUGAAAGUUAUAAACUCUCUGAUGAAGAGUGGUAAAUGUGUAAUGGAGAGUUCAGUGAGGAGGAAAUCUGAGAGCAAAGCUGCUCUGACAUUAGGAAUUAUUGUGACAGCUUAUCUGCUAUGCUAUAUUCCAUACUAUAUCUUGUCUUUAACAAGUAGUACAAUAAUCUCUUCUGCUACAAUGACAUUUCUACUAUGGACUAUAUAUGCUAACUCAGGCAUGAAUCCUGUUGUCUAUGCUUUAUUUUACCGCUGGUUUAAAAUAUCAGUUAAACACAUCUUAACUCUUAAAAUAUUGAAGCCAGCAUCCUCUCUCUUAGACAUAUUUACAGAUUAUUCAUAAUUGUAGAUUUUUCCCCCCUUUGUUUUAAUUUGAUGAAGCACAGACUAAUGUAUAGUUUUUUUUUUGUUUGUUUGUUUUUUUUAUCUCAGUUUGUAAACUGAAUGUGAACAUACUGGAUACCAGAUGUCUUUAUGUACCAUAAGAUAUUUUAAAGACAUUUUAAAUGAAGGUAAAUAAUUACAUUUACCUUGCAAGAAUCUGAUGUGCUUAUGUUAAAUUAGUUAUAGAGGCAGGUCUGACCAUUAUUUUAAUUUUAGUUACCUGCAUAACUCAUUAUUUGUGGGUAUAAUUGAGUAAGUCAACAUGUUUAGUCUAUGAUUAGUGUUUAUUUGUUUUGGGAUUUAAUUGUUUAAUUCUUAUUCAUGUCUAGGCCUCAAAAAUAUAAAUUAAUGAUAAAAACAACAACAACAAAACAAAAUAAAAAUAAAUAAAUAAACAAAUAAAAAAGAAGAAGAGAUGCCUUUUCAUUGCAGUAAUUCUGAAACAGAUCUGAAGUGGACAUGACAUUAAACACCAUGUUAUUAGGGUAAUUUGAGCAAUAAAAAAUAAAUUUAGCUAAAAUCUUCAGUUGUGUAAAAUUGAAUAGAUGAUGAUUCAUUUUCCCCUGAAGCAACCAUUUUUCUAAUGUGGGCAGAGAAUUUACAGUUAUUGUAGAAUAUUCUGUUCUUGUAAUCAGCUGUAUGACCAUAGACAGGCCUAGUGUUAAACCAUACUGUUUAGAUGCAAAAGGGAAUUUAAAUGUUUGU